CCAAUGCAUUCGCCACGCCGACUUUAGCCUCCCCUUGCUUGAUCCGCAGUGUCUGUCUGUUGUGCGGCCCGUCCUCGGCUGGAGCUACCCUCAGAGACGGGUGGCGAAAGUGUCGACUUUGAGAAGAGGAGACACGGAGGAAUAACCGCGCAACUUGGACUUAACUAUAUCGUCUCUGCAUGGAAGCGAAUGGUUUCGUGUCCAGGCGGAGAAUGUCCGUGGACACACCAAGCGUCGAUGCCGGGGUUACUGCUGGAGCUGCAGGGGCAGACAUUCGAUGGCUCGGCGGGAGGAUUUUGGACGCUACGGAGGGGUUUGUUGGUGGUCUGUCACCGCCACGGAUAACAGCGGAACCGGACUUUGCUGCGGUGUUGCAACUUCGAGCAGCCCCGGAGCCCACGGUGGCUGCUAUCGAGACCGAAAUAGACUAUGAAGGGCUCCCCCAGGGUGUCGCCACCAGUACACACAUGUUAGCCGGUGCCGUGGCUGGCAUCAUGGAACACUGCCUAAUGUAUCCCAUCGACUGUGUUAAGGUAAAGGAAGAUGAUAAUGUCACUAAUUACUCAAUGACAACAAGUUGGCUAACUGGUCAACAUGCAAAAUAGCCUUUAGCCAGGCCCUUGUUUGUUAGUGUGUAGGUUAACGGUGUCUCAGAGGCUAGCUCUCUGUUCCCAGUUAUUUCAGAAUGGAAAGGGGGGAUGAAUAGUUAGCUAACUACCGUUAAUUCUAUAGAUACAUCACGUCUGCACACAAAUGUAGCUAAAAUAACACAUAUACACAUUCCCCAGAGAACUUUACGUUGUCAGAAGAGCCACCAUCAGUUGUUUAACUUGCUAACUAGUUAUGUUUGUUAACAAAUCGUGUUAUUCAGAAUCUCAGCCGUUGUUGACAUAAAUUCCGUAGGUAGGCCCAAGCCUGAGCUCGAGUAGGUUGCGAACUAGCGAAGGUGAAAGUGACAUAUGUAGCAAAAUAAGGAUUUUGGCUGCUUGUUUAUCUUAUUAUUCAAUGUAAUCGUACUUUUAAACCAAGGUUAAUCAUUAACCUCGUUAGCUAACAUCCUAAUGAUAGCUGGCCGACAGCAUUAGCUCGUGCGCUAGCACAAGAGUGGAGAGCAGCCAGCCAGGUUACGUCACAAAUAUGUAAAUUGAGAAGUGUGUGUAAUGUAGCUAGCUAACCAAGUAUCCCACGAAGUGCACUUAUGUACCUAUCAUUGGAGGCUGCUGAGGGGAGGAUGGCUCAUAAUAAUGGACGGAAUGGAGUGAAUGGAAUGGUAUCAAACACAUGGGUUUUCAUGUGUUUGAUACCACUCCAUUCCAGCCAUUAUUAUGAGCUGUCCUCCCCUAAGCAGCCUCCACUGGUACCUAUGUAGGGCCUAGUUAGUUGUACACUUGCCUCAAACACUGUAUACAUCCCUAGUCACUUUGUUUCAUAAUCCUCCUCGGUGGAGAAGUGAAAGUAUUUGGUUAGUGUUGGUCACAAGGCACUGGAUUGGAGAUAGUCAAUAGACUCCUCUGUCUACUCACUGAUGUCAGUUAGGCUACUGUUGUUUUUGCUGUUGCACAUGAUUAGAAGCUUUUACUUGUUAUUACCUGUUGAGUGUUCACUGAAACAGAAUUGCCGAUUAGAAAUAUUGCUAUUUUAUAGAAUGGAUACCAUUGAUUCUCAACUCAACAUGGAGUUUUCAGUUCAUCCUAUGCAUAUUUGCAUAGCCCCAUUUGCUAGGUUGUGUAUCUGAACUUUGUCCAGCCACUGACUAAACCAACUAGUUCUAGUCUAAACAGGGUUUGGCACCUGUUGGCUGGCCUCACCCCUGACCGCUAACCACCUGGACAGAUUAAUAGGUUGUAGAAUUAGAACCUCCACUGAACACCUAUAUCCUCUGUUACCUUAUAACCCUGCCCCAUACUACCAUGAUACACCCAUACCCUUUGGUCUAGAAUACCUAUUGUUUUCCACAAGCACAUGGAGUAGCCAGCCAAAUAGAAAAAGUAGCCAGCCAAGCUCCCCUGGGCUGGGGGGUGGUAAGAUUGUUUUCUUUGCCUACUUUGGUAGCCUUUGGGACUGUACAUUCUAAUGCUAGAUUGUAUUUUCAACCAGCAACUAUCAGGAAAUAACACUUAAAAACCAGUCAAAAGUUUUAGAACACCUACUCAUUCAAGUGUUUUUCUUUAUUUUUACUAUUUUUUACAUUGUAGAAUAAUAGUGAAGACAUCAAAACAAUUAAAUAACACAUGGAAUCAUGUAGUAACCAAAAAAGUGUUCAACAAAUCAAAAUAUGUUAUAUUUGAGAUUCUUCAAAUAGCCACCCUUUGCCUUGAUGACAGCUUUGCACACUCUUGGCAUUCUCUCAACCAGCUUCACCUGGAAUGCUUUUCCAAUAGUCUUGAAGGAGUUCCCACAUAUGCUGAGCACUUGUUGGUUGCUUUUCCUUCACUCUGCGGUCCGACUCAUCCCAAACCAUCUCAAAUUGGUUGAGGUCGGGGGAUUGUGGAGGCCAGGUCUUCUGAUGCAGCACUCCAUCACUCUUCUUCUUGGUAAAAUAGCCCUUACACAGCCUGGAGGUGUGUUGGGUCAUUGUCCUGUUGAAAAACAAAUGAUAGUCCUACUAAGCCCAAACCAGAUGGGAUGGUGUAUCGCUGUGGUAGCCAUGCUGGUUAAGUGUGCCUUGAAUUCUAAAUAAAUCACUGACAGUGUCACCAGCAAAGCACCCCCACACCAUAACAACACCUCCUCCAUGCUUUACGGUGGGAAAUACACAUGCGGAGAUCAUCCGUUCACCCACACCGCGUCUCACAAAGACACUGCAGUUGGAACCAAAAAUCACCAAUUUGGACUCCAGACCAAAGGACACAUUUCCACCGGUCUAAUGUCCAUUGCUCGUGUUUCUUGGCCCAAGCAAGUCUCUUCUUCUUAUUGGUGUCCUUUAGUAUUGGUUUCUUUGCAGCAAUUCGACCAUGAAGGCCUGAUUCACACGGUCCCCUCUGAACAGUUGAAGUUGAGAUGUGUCUGUUACUUGAACUCUGUGAAGCAUUUAUUUGGGCUGCAAUUUCUGAGGCUGGUAACUCUAAUGAACUUAUACUCUGCAGCAGAGGUAACUCUGGGUCUUCCUUUCCUGUGGCGGCCCUCAUGAGAGCCAGUUUCAUCAUAGUGUUUGAUGGUUUUUACAACUGCACUUGAAGAAAGUUCUUGAAAUGUUCUGUAUUGACUGACCUUCAUGUCUUAAAGUAAUGAUGGGCUGUCGUUUCUCUUUGCUUAUUUGAGCUGUUCUUGCCAUAAUAUGGACUUGGUCUUUUACCAAAUAGGGCUAUCUUCUGUAUACCCCCCCCCCUACCUUGUCACAACACAACUGAUUGGCUCAAACGCAUUAAGAAGGAAAGAAAUUCCACAAAUUAACUUUUAAGAAGGCACACCUGUUAAUUGAAAUGCAUUCCAGGUGACUACCUCAAGAAGCUGGUUGAGAGAAUGCCAAGAGUGUGCAAAGCUAUCAUCAAGGCAAAGGGUGGCUAUUUGAAGAAUCGCAAAUAUAAAAUAUACUUUGAUAUGUUUAACACUUGUUUGGUUACUACAUGAUUCCAUAUGUGUUAUUUCAUAGUUUUGAUGUCUUCACUAUUAUUCUACAAUGUAGAAAAUAGUAAAAAUAAAGAAACAUCCUUGAAUGAGUAGGUGUUCUAAAACUUUUGACUGGUAGUGUAUAUAUAAAACACAGGAAAAGCUUAAUUCUGACUGCACUGGGCCUUUUAAUAAAGAGACCUAUAAGAGUGUGCAGACUUGAAGCUUCCAGCCCUGUCCUAUACAGCCAUGGUACGUACACCCAUACCCUUUGGUCUAGAAUACCUCUGUCCCAUGGUCUCUGCUUUUGGCCCUGGGCAGUCUGCCUUAAAUCAGUUAUUAAUGGUUGAAAGCGUUGGAGCCCUGGCCAACCAUCAUGUACAGUGCCUUCAGAAAGUAUUAAUACCUCUUGACUUAUUCCACAUUUUGUUGUGUUACAGCCUGAAUUCAAAAUUGAUUAAAUUGAUUAUUUUUUCUCACCCGUCUACACACAAUAACCCAUAUUGACAAAGUGAGACAUGUUCUUAGAUAUGUUUGCAAAUGAAAUACAGAAAUAUCUCAUUUACAUAGGUAUUCACACCCCUGAGUUUGAAAAUAUGAAGAGUGGUACUCAGUGAGUGUUGUGUUGGAUUUGCCACAAACUUAACGCUUUAUAUUAUGAACAUAAAGUGAAUUUAUUUGUCACAUUAUUUGAAAUUUUACUUUAGUGCCUUAUUGUAACAGAUGCAUGUUUUGGAAUAUGUGUUAUUCUGCACAGGCUUCCUUUUCACUCUGUCAUUUAGGUUAGUAUUGUGGAGUCACUACAAUAUCGUUGAUCCAUCCUCAGCCUCAUGGUGAAAUCCCUGAGCGGUUUCAUUCCUCUCCGCCAACUGACUUAGGAAGGAUGUAUCUUUGUAGUGACUGGAUGUAUUGAUACACUAUCCAAAAUGUAAUUAAUAACUUCACCAUGCUCAAAGGGAUAUUCAAUGUCUGCUUUUUUUCAUUUUUACCCAUCUACCAAUAGGUGCCCUCCUUUGCGAGGCAUUGGAAACCCUCCUGGUUCUUUAUAGUUGAAUCGGUGUUUAUAAUAAUAAUAAUAAUAAUAUGUCAUUUAGCAGACACUUUUAUCCAAAGCGACUUACAGUCAUGCGUGCAUACAUUUUUUUUUGUGUGUGUAUGGGUGGUCCCGGGGAUCGAACCCACUACCUUGGCGUUACAAGCGCCAUGCUCUACCAGCUGAGCUACAGUCACUACUUGACUGAGGGACCUUACAGAUAAUUGUAUGUGUGGGGUACAGAGAUGAGGUAGUCGUUCAGAAAUGAUGUUAAACACUAUUGCACAGUGUUUAAGUCCAUGUAACUUAUUAUGUGACUUAAGCACAUUUUUACACCUUAAUGUAUUUAGGCUUACCAUAACAAACAGUUUGAAUACUUAUUUACUCAAGACAUUUCAGGGUUUCAUUUUGAAGUAAUUUGUAAAAAAUUAUAAAAUAAUUCCACUUUGACAUUAUGGGAUAUUGUGUGUAGGCCAGGGACACAAAAUCUCAAUUGUAAUCCAAUUUAAAUUGAGACUGUAGUACAACAAAAUGUGGAAAAGGUCAAGGGGUGUGAAUACUUGCUGAAGGCAAGUGGUCCUCUGUAGCUCAACUGGUAGAGCACGGCGCUUGUAACGCCAAGGUAGUGGGUUCGAUCCCCGGGACCACCCAUACACAAAAAAAAUGUAUGCACGCAUGACUGUAAGUCGCUUUGGAUAAAAGCGUCUGCUAAAUGGCAUAUUAUUAUUAUUAUUAUUAAGGCACUGUAUUUUCACUGUUCUCUGACCUGUCACUCAUUUACUAGGGCCGUGUCUCAAGGAAGUCGGUGGGUUGUUGUAAGGAUGAUAAUGAUGGUAAUGGACUAGUUAGGAGACUACUUCCUCAUUGAUCUGGUUUGUUUUCUUAACCCAGAUUCCUGCCUUGUUGAAACAGUACUCUGACAGACGUCACUCAUGGUUAAAUAAAGGAACUUGCGUUGGCGCUCAUUCCUUCCUAUUUCUCUCUGUUUCCUCAUAGAUUUCAAAAUAACCAUUUCCUCAUUGCUGCUGAGACCUCUUAUGAGGUGUGUCACUGUCUGGCUGUGUUCCAAAUGACAUCAUAUUCCUUUUGUAGUGCAUAGGGCUCUGGGCAAACGUAGUGCACUAUGCAGGGCAUAGGGUGCCAUUUGGGACGCACACACCCUGUUGUUCUGAGCCGAGGAGCAGUUUCUCGUCACUGGUUCCUGUUGAAUACGACCCAUGACUUCUAAAGGUCCUUCCCAUUAGCUAGAAGACAUGUCUGGCCUGUUAUCUAGCUUGGCACUGUAUCAGUUAGGCUGUAGGUGCAGUAACACUGGGCUGUAGGUGCUGUAACACUGGGCUAUAGGUGCUGUAACACUGGGCUGUAGGUGCAGUAACACUGGGCUGUAGGUGCUGUAACACUGGGCUGUAGGUGCUGUAACACUGGGCUGUAGGUGCUGUAACACUGGGCUGUAGGUGCUGUAACACUGGGCUAUAGGUGCUGUAACACUGGGCUAUAGGUGCUGUAACACUGGGCUAUAGGUGCUGUAACACUGGGCUAUAGGUGCUGUAACACUGGGCUAUAGGUGCUGUAACACUGGGCUGUAGGUGCUGUAACACUGGGCUGUAGGUGCUGUAACACUGGGCUGUAGGUGCUGUAACACUGGGCUGUAGGUGCUGUAACACUGGGCUAUAGGUGCUGUAACACUGGGCUAUAGGUGCUGGUAACACUGGGCUAUAGGUGCUUGUAACACUGGGCUAUAGGUGCAGUAACACUGGGCUAUAGGUGCUGUAACACUGGGCUAUAGGUGCUGUAACACUGGGCUGUAGGUGCUGUAACACUGGGCUGUAGGUGCUGUAACACUGGGCUGUAGGUGCUGUAACACUGGGCUGUAGGUGCUGUAACACUGGGCUAUAGGUGCUGUAACACUGGGCUAUAGGUGCUGUAACACUGGUUGACUUGGGCCUGGCAUCGUCGGUGUAGUUGCAUGAUUUCCAGUUAGGUUCUGUACUGUAGCUGAAUGGGCCAAUUUCAGAAUAAUAAUAAUAAUAAUAAUAAUAAUAUGCCACUUAGCAGACGCUUUUAUCCAAAGCGACUUACAGUCAUGCGUGCAUACAUUUUUGUGUAUGGGUGGUCCCGGGGAUCGAACCCACUACCCUGGCGUUACCAGCGCCGUGCUCUACCAGCUGAGCUACAGAGGACCACCACAGAAAGCUGGAGAGAUACAGUAGAGCAUGAUUAGGCUAGACCUAAAUGAUUAACAAUAAGAAUCAGUCCUGGUAUAAAUGAAUGAACAAUGGUAGUAACUUAUAAAUGUGGUAUCGGAUCUGAUGAGACAGUUUUAUAUUGAGGUCACUGUGACAGCGACGAGGAAUGGCAGUUGGCAAGCCAUGAUGAUCAAAGCCCCAAAACACUUGACGGCAAACCAUGAUAACGAGUGUUAUAACAACCAUGAGCGCUUGAGUUGAGUAUAAACCAACAUGGAGGGUCAAUGGCAGCCAAGACAACCAUAACUUUCCUCAAGACAAAGCCAAACACUGUUUUUUGUGCAUCCCAAAUAGCAUCAUAUUCCCUCUAUAGUGCACUACUUGACCAAGGCCCUUACAGUAGGUAUCCAGUCAAAGGUAGUGAAAUAUAGGCUAUGCAACAGGGUGACAUUUGGAAUGCAACCCUUUUCAUACAGGAGAGAAAGACUACUAAUAUGUUUAGUUGGUUUCCCAAUCCUCUAUACUGUAAUCUGGUGUCACACUGUUGUUGCAUGGGCUGUGGUCUAACUGGGCUGCAGAUCUAGGGCUUCUCAAGAUAAUGGAGAGAUGAGAAGGACGAGGGGAAAGAGGGAGAGGGCAAUAACUAAUUCAGAAAAGGGGGACUUUCCCAGGAGAUUCGGCUGUUUUAAAGUUAACCCCUAUCCCUUUAAUUUCACCCUCAACCCUAAAGCUGGACUCUCAGCUAUCGAGCUAUACCGUGGUAAUGCUAAGUCUAGUCAAAUGAACAUUAUGCAACCGUGUGCGUUCUGCUGUUUCCAUUUCAUGGAGUGGAGUGGGGGCUGAAAGUGGAACGUUGUCCCUGAUACCUUGAUCUUGCUGUAGACACAAUGCAAACAUUGCGUGUUUGUGCGUGAGCACUGCAACUUCCACAGGUCGUAGAUAACGCCUCAUGACAACAAACACGGCAGUAAAAUGGAAAUAAACAUCAUAGUACUUCUGAUUCUGUAGAGAUAGUGGUAAACUGUUAGCUUAGUGUUUCUAGUAACAUGGGUUGGAGUGGGAAGCCAAGGACAGACUGGUGCUGAGGUCUAUCUAACACUGUUGUAUUGGUUCUGAGACUUACGUGCUAGGCCUACAUGGGGAGUCGCAGAAAUGGCCUUUAAAAUGGUAGGCCUAUGCAAUCUGUCAUUGCAAAGAAACACAUUUGAAACAACUUUAGAAACCAUAAUAGUUGGGGCAGUCUUUUAGGUCCUCGUGUAAAAAAGGAAAAAAAGACAACAAAACACUGUUUCUGCACAUUCAUUCUGACUUUCCAUUUCCCUGAAGUGUGUGCCGUCAUGAGUGGAAAUUUCCAUCCCUCCCCUCCAGAAGUAAUUUCCCCAUCCUUCUGUCUUGGUGGCCUCUGUGACUGUGGACAAAGGAGGAUAUUCUACUCAUGACGCAAUCUCCAAAGUUUGGUUAUUGCUCCAUCCUUCCCGUACAUAGCAUUGUUCUGUUGUGACACAGUGAAUGGUGCCCUGUUGACAGAGGGGAGCGACCCAAUAGCCUUAGGCCUAGUUAUUAUGGCUUGGCAUUGUGAUGUGUGGCGUUGUGAUGUCUACCUACCUACCUAUCUGACUUUGAGCCAUAGUUAUGGUCCAGAUUUUAAUAGUUGUUGGUUUGUGUCCGGAAGUUACUCUGGAUAGUGUGUGUGUGUGUGAAUCAAGUUAGUUGACUUUGGAUUUAUCCAAUGGUUUGUGAGGACGAUCGCGUGAAUGCCUGGCCUGCAGUAAACAGGAACAUACUGUUAGGCUGUACAGAGAAACGUCUAGUGUAUUGAACCUGGUCAGCUGCACUGUGACUGCACUCUUAGUUUUCACUGAUCAGUUGACCCACCAAUCAGACUAUUUAGGUGAAAUUGAAAGAGUUGAUUGACCAUGAUGCCCUUUUCCCUCGUCUCUCUCCUCCUCCUCUUCUACAUUCUUCCUCUCCCUCUGAUCUCCCCCUCUCUCCCCCCUCUCCCCCCUCCCUCCCCCCCUCCCUCCCUCUCUCCCCCUAGACGCGGAUGCAGAGCCUGCAGCCCGAGCCGGGGGCACGUUACCGUAAUGUAAUGGACGCGCUGCGUCAGAUCGUGCGUACAGAGGGGGUGUGGCGGCCUGUGAGGGGGCUGAACGUCAUGGCGAUAGGGGCAGGGCCAGCCCAUGCUCUCUACUUCGCCUGUUACGAGAAACUAAAGUUCUCACUAAGCAACAUGGUCCACCCGGGAGCUAAUAGCCACUUUGCUAAUGGUACGGUGUUAGAGACACACACACACAGAGACAUUGACAAGUACAUACUGUACCUUAGAGGUAUUAGCAAUGUUGCUAAUUUGACCAGCAGUCACUGAGAGACAGACAGACAGAUUAAGGAAAAGUAUGAAGGAAAGUUGCAGCAUCCUCUGCUGUGUGUUUUUGGCUUAUUAAACUUGUCACUGGUAACCAACCAUCUCUCUCCUCUCUGUCUAUCUAUUCUCUCUCGUUCUCUCUCUGUUCUCUCUCUUCUAACAGGAAUGGCAGGCUGCAUGGCCACUGUGCUCCAUGAUGCAAUCAUGAACCCAGCAGAAGGUAAAACUGUGUGUGUGCAGGGGGUCGCGUUAACACAGGAUUCUGCGUUUUUCAUGCAGAAAAGGAAAGAUAAAACGCAGAAUAAAUAUCUUGCCGCGUUUUGUAAACGCAGAUCUAAAUAGCUUAUUGCUCGGCUUCCGUCAGGGUUCGCUCCAAAUCAUGAAUGUAAAAGGAGGAAUUUCGUGCUUCAGUUGCACUUCUCCACUCGGAUGAAAUAUCUUUGCUUUUGUCAUUGGAUCACCAGACAGCCAUGACUGAUGUGUAGGAUACUUUUCCUCUGGUGUCAUUUUUCUCCAGUAGAAAGUUAAAAUGCAAGAUUAACUUUAAGCAAAACAUUAGGAAAUGUAGCUGGCUACAUUCUUUCACUAGCUAGGUUUCCAUCCAACUGGCGACAGAUUUUCAUGCGAAUAUUCUAAAAUCUGCAUAAAAACAACAUGUGCAUUUUCCCAACAGAGAUGUUUCCAUCAAAUUGACUUGUUGUGGAUAAAAGGCUGUGUGUGAAGACAUAGUGCAUAUAAAAAUACCUUUACCAUUAAAUUCCCAUGUACCGAAUAAAGAAUACAAGUUAAAUGGGUUUCCAUCACAUUUUCAACUCUACUGAUGGUUUUGUAAAAAACAGUUGUUGCGUUACAUUGCGAAUGUGCCCACUCUGGUCUUGUCCCGUGCGCUCUAGCCAACAGCUCGUAGAUACAGUGCAGGUAGAGCCUACAUUAGAGCUCUGCUACCAGACCAGAGCCCGACGGGUCCCGACAUUCUGGUUAGGGCUGAGUAGGGCCUGUUUCUUCAUCAAUAACUAGGGGGAUAGGGCGGCAGGUAGCUUAGUGGUUAAGAGCGUUGUGCCAGUAACCGAAAGGUCGCUGGUUCUAAUCCCCGAGCUGACUAGGUGAAAAAUCUGUCGACGUGCCCUUGAGCAAGGCACUUAACCCUAAUUGCUCCUGUAAGUCGCUCUGGAUAAGAGCGUCUGCUAAAUGACUAAAAAUGUAAAAAAUGGGACGGGCAGGGCUCGGUAUCACUAAAUUGAUCUCUAACAUUUUGAAGCUGAACCAUUUGCUCGUGCUCUGCUGCGCAGUACAGUCAUAUCUGACUAAGAUCAUAACAUGGUGUCAGAAGUGUUUCAUCCUCAACAGGAGAGAUUACUUUACAGAAAAUAAUAAUAAUCCUUGAGUUUUAUCGGAGUUUAGAGUUACGAAAAGGUAGAUAACAGCUAACUUCUCUCUCAUGUCUCUUCAUUGAGCAGAGCAGCCCAAGCGGAGCCGUUGCUAUGGAUACUCAGAGCCUCCAUGAGCAGAGUGCAUGCAGAGCGAGCUGUGCGCAGGGAGCGAAUGACAGACCGAGAGGAGCAGCUUAUGGAUUUACUAACAGAGUUAUUUCUGAUUUCGGGCAGGGCCAGGCCUUAAAUUUGGCAGAAGCAAGCGGGCCUGGGUAGGGUAGGGCCUGAAAGUCGCAGGUUGGGCUCGGGUUUAAUAAUCCUGCCUGUGUAGGGCUCUAGCCUAGAUUAUGAGACUAUUAUGGACAAAAGAGCAAGAUUAUUUUAAUUUGUCAAACGGCAGCCAAGCAUUAAUCAUCAUGUCACCAGAAUAUGACCCCCAGUAUGUCCUUGUGACCUAAAUAAUUAUCACCCUAUUUCUAAACUUUCUUGCCUAGCUAAAAUAUUAGAAUCCUUGAUUAAUUCUCAGCUAAGAUCUUUCUUAUCUUUGAAAUGUGUUCUAAAUGUACAUCAGUCGGUUUUAGACCAGGUCAUAGCACUAUCUCUGCUGCAUCCCUAGUUAUAAAUGAUGUGGUUAACUGUAUGGAUAAAAGGCAACAUUGUGCUGCCCUCUUCAUUGACCUGUCAAAGGCUUUCGAUACUGUUGAUCACUCACUGCUAAUUCAGAGGCUUUCCUCAAUUGGCCUAGACCAGCCUGCAUGUAAUUGGUUUAAAUAUUACUUGACAGAUAGAACUCAAUGUGUAUCUACUGAUGGUGUUAAAUCGGCGUUCCUGGAUAUUACCGAAGGUGUCCCGCAGGGGUCGAUUCUGGGUCCUGUACUUUUUACUGUUUACAUGAACAAUAUCGACUUGUCUGUAAAAGAACUGUAACCUGCAUUUGUAUGCAAGUCAUACUGUUGUGUAUGCUAUUGCCCCCACGGUUGACCAGGCUCUAUCUGAACUACAGUCUGCCUUCAUUUUAUUACAGAAACUUUAUUGAUCUGAAAUUAGUAUUGAAUGCAGGUGAAACUAAGUGUGUUGUUCUCUAGAGCGCAUAGAAAUAACUGAUUUAAGCAUAUGUAUUUUGGAUGGUGUCCAUAUUGAUCGUGUCCCUGCUUACAAAUAUCUGGGCAUCUGGAUAGAUGAAAAGCUGUCUUUUUUAAAAAGCAUAUUGAUGAGUUAGUUAAGAAGCUGAGAAUAAAAAUGGUCUGCUUCCAUAGAAAUAAGUCCUGCCUCUCGCUAAAUAGUAGAAAUCAGAUUAUUCAGUCAACGUUCCUAUCGGUCCUACACUAUGGUGACAUCAUCUAUAUGAACGCAGUUGCCACUUCAUUAAAGCCGUUAGAUGCAGUUUAUCAUAGCGCACUGCACUUUAUUAUGGGUGACAAUUUAAGUACUAAUCACUGCAUUCUCUAGCAGAAAGUUGGUUGGCCCUCUGAUGUCAUGUAGGUUGAUACAUUGCUAUGUUUAUUCAUUAAAAAGUCCCACUGUACCUAACAUCUUUACUAAACUUUAGACAUACGAGUUACCACACCCGGUCUCAGGGAUGGUUAAUUCUGGAAAUUCCUUUGGUCUGUACUGAGUUAGGUAAAUCAGCUUUUAGUUUUCUUGCACCUUAUUUGUGGAACAAUCUUCAAAAUGUUCUUACAUUUGAUGUUUAGUGCCUCAAGGGUAAUUCAUAAAGCUGAUUGAGGACCUUAUUACUGAUCAAUGUGUUUUUCGAUGUUUUUCUUUCUGCUUGCAUUUAGUAUUUAUAUUGAUGUGUGUAUUUCUGUAAUUCAGGACUCAUCUGUAAAAGAGACCUUGGUCUCAGUAUGGACUCCCUGAUAAUAUUAAGGUUAGAUAAUAAAAAUACAUUAUUGGAUAAGAGCAGCAAGCUCAUCACUGUGCACUUUCACCACCCUGUGAAGUUCAUCAUAACUUAUUUCAUCUGUAGCCUAAUAAACUGCAUGCUUUCCCAACGAGUCUUAGUGAGCGGACCACACAUGUCAUCACGUGACUCCAAGUUGACUUUGAUAUGAUGGUUAUUAUAUCAAUAUUAGUGCAUAAAAGCAUUUUCACCACCAUUUCUCACAUAAUUAAUUUUACAGACACAAAGAUCCCACCUUGUCUAGAUCCCACUUAUGGACUUUACUCACAUAAAAAGGUUGGAAGGAAACCUGGUUUAUGAUAAACAUUAAAUAUAUGAAAGCAAAUGUUUCAUUGUAAACUAAUUUACUUGUGUGGCUGUGAGCCAAAUAGCGUUGCACUUCUGUCUGUCAUAUAUAUAUAUAUACAGUGGGGAAAAAAAGUAUUUAGUCAGCAACCAAUUGUGCAAGUUCUCCCACUUAAAAAGAUGAGAGAGGCCUGUUAUUUUCAUCAUAGGUACAUGUCAACUAUGACAGACAAAUUGAGGAAAAAAUAUCCAGAAAAUCACAUUGUAGUAUUUUUUAUGAAUUUAUUUGCAAAUGAUGGUGGAAAAUAAGUAUUUGGUCAAUAACAAAAGUUUCUCAAUACUUUGUUAUAUACCCUUUGUUGGCAAUGACACAGGUCAAACGUUUUCUGUAAGUCUUCACAAGGUUUUCACACACUGUUGCUGGUAUUUUGGCCCAUUCCUCCAUGCAGAUCACCUCUAGAGCAGUGAUGUUUUGAGGCUGUCGCUGGGCAACACGGACUUUCAACUCCCUCCAAAGAUUUUCCAUGGGGUUGAGAUCUGGAGACUGGCUAGGCCACUCCAGGACCUUGAAAUGCUUCUUACGAAGCCACUCCUUCGUUGCCCGGGCGGUGUGUUUGGGAUCAUUGUCAUGCUGAAAGACCCAGCCACAUUUAAUCUUCAAUGCCAUUGCUGAUGGAAGGAGGUUUUCACUCAAAAUCUCACGAUACAUGGCCCCAUUCAUUCUUUCCUUUACACGGAUCAGUCGUCCUGGUCCCUUUGCAGAAAAACAGCCCCAAAGCAUGAUGUUUCCAACCCCAUGCUUCACAGUAGGUAUGGUGUUCUUUGGAUGCAACUCAGCAUUCUUUGUCCUCCAAACACGAUGAGUUGAGUUUUUACCAAAAAGUUAUAUUUUGGUUUCAUCUGACCAUAUGACAUUCUCCCAAUCCUCUUCUGGAUCAUCCAUAUGCACUCUAGCAAACUUCAGACGGGCCUGGACAUGUACUGGCUUAAGCAGGGGGACACGUCUGGCACUGCACGAUUUGAGUCCCUGGUGGCGUAGUGUGUUACUGAUUGUAGGCUUUGUUACUUUGGUCCCAGCUCUCUGCAGGUCAUUCACUAGGUCCCUCCGUGUGGUUCUGGGAUUUUUGCUCACCGUUCUUGUGAUCAUUUUGACCCCACGGGGUGAGAUCUUGCGUGGAGCCCCAGAUCGAGGGAGAUUAUCAGUGGUCUUGUAUGUCUUCCAUUUCCUAAUAAUUGCUCCCACAGUUGAUUUCUUCAAACCAAGCUGCUUACCUAUUGCAGAUUCAGUCUUCCCAGCCUGGUGCAGGUCUACAAUUUUGUUUCUGGUGUCCUUUGACAGCUCUUUGGUCUUGGCCAUAGUGGAGUUUGGAGUGUGACUGUUUGAGGUUGUGGACAGGUGUCUUUUAUACUGAUAACAAGUUAAAACAGGUGCCAUUAAUACAGGUAACGAGUGGAGGACAGAGGAGCCUCUUAAAGAAGAAGUUACAGGUCUGUGAGAGCCAGAAUUCUUGCUUGUUUGUAGGUGACCAAAUACUUAUUUUCCACCAUAAUUAGCAAAUAAAUUCAUAAAAAAUCCUACAAUGUGAUUUUCUGGAUUUUUUUUCCACAAUUUGUCUGUCAUAGUUGCUGUGUACCUAUGAUGAAAAUUACAGGACUCUCUCAUCUUUUUAAGUGGGAGAACCUGCACAAUUGGUGGCUGACUAAAUACUUUUUUUCCCCACUGUAUAUAUACACCUGAGCCGGGAUGUGAUGUCACCUGAGCCGGAAUGUGAUGUCUCCUGAGCCGGGAUGCAAACUGUAGAUAUCUGCAGCGUCAGACUCCCUGAUACAUUAAUAGAACAGUAAUCCCUUCUCAGUCUGGAUAUUUAUAGCAAAUCCCCAUGACUCUUAUAUACUGCUACAGUCCCUAAACAGGACACUAGGGGGAGCUCUGAGACUGGGGGUUUCCAUAAGGAGCAACAGCUGGGUAGAAGUUGCUUGUAGGCACAGAUCUAGGAUCAACUUACAUUCGUCAUAUCCUAUCCUUGACCUUUAGGGCAGGAAAAACUAAACUGGCCUUAGAUCAGUGUCGAGGGUUUGCAUCAUCUAACUAAAGGGGCAUCAGAAGCACACAUCUGUGAAUGUCAUUAGUGGACCGUUGUGUGUUUACAUCCUGCUCCCUCAGUGUAUAGCUCUAUAGCGUUAACAUCCGCUGGCUCACAUACAUCUGGCCAUGGUGAUUGGUGUUUCCAUAGCAACCUGACCGGGCCCAGGUGUGCCAGCCAGCUGUACCAUUGGUCCACCGGCUGGGUCACUAGGGACGGUAUUGGACCCUUUGAACUUUCUGGUGUUCUGAAUUCCAUAAUUCCUUUCCUAAGUAGCAUUUCAUUUUAGAGACUGGUUUCAUCUCCUCCUUAUUGGCUCCAGUGGGGAUCCCUAGAUGGUGUUGUCCCUCAACUGUAACCCUCAUUAAAAGCCUUCCAGGUGUUCUCUCAGCCACCACACUAAUAUCUGUGUUUUGACUAGAUGUGAUUCUCUUUUCCUUUCAACUAUUAUUUUAUUCUCUGUCCUGUCAUCACCUGUUCUUUCUUCCUCUCCUCUUCAUUUUUCCUCCAUGGCUGACCCUCCCCUCCUCUUCCCUUUUCUCUGGCUGACCCCACCCUCCUCAUCCCCUUUUCCUCCAGGCGACCUCCCUUCCUCUCCCUUUUCCUCCAGGCUGACCCUCCUCUCCUCUACCUUUUCCUCUAGGCUGACCUUCCCCUCUCCCUUUUCCUCCAGGCUGACCCUCCCCUCCUCUCCCUUUUCCUCUAGGCUGACCCUCCCCUCCUCUUCCUUUUCCUCCAGGCUGACCCUCCCCUCCUCUUCCUUUUCCUCUAGGCUGACCCUCCCCUCCUCUCCCUUUCCUCUAGGCUGACCUUCCCCUCCUCUCCCUUUUCCUCCAGGCUGACCUUCCUCUCCUCUUCCUUUUCCUCCAGGCUGACCUUCCUCUCCUCUUCCUUUUCCUCCAGGCUGACCUUCCUCUUCCUUUUCCUCUAGGCUGACCCUCCCCUCCUCUCCCUUUUUCCUCCAGGGCUGACCUCCCCUCCUCUCUCCUUUUCCUCCAGGCUGACCCUCCCCUCCUCUUCCUUUUCCUCUAGGCUGACCCUCCUCUCCUCUCCCUUUUCCUCUAGGCUGACCUUCCCCUCUCCCUUUUCCUCCAGGCUGACCCUCCCCUCCUCUCCCUUUUUGCCUCUAGGCUGACCCUCCUCUCCUCUCCUUUUCACUACCUAGCUGACCUUCCCUUCCCUUUUCCUCAGGCUGACCCCUCCCCAUCCUCUCCUUACUCCCCCCCCCCCUUUUUUCCUCUAGGCUGACCCUCCCCUCCUCUUCCUUUUCCUCCAGGCUGACCCUCCCCUCCUCUUCCUUUUCCUCCAGGCUGACCCUCCCCUCCUCUCCCUUUCCUCUAGGCUGACCCUCCUCUCUGUCUGGUUGUGUACUUUAAAAGCUCCAGUGUGUUUUCAUCAUCUGCUCUGUUCCUUUUUCUUUCUAAACAGUCUCUCCCUUUCUCUCCCUCUCUUCUCGCUCUCUAUCCCCCUCCCUAGUGGUGAAGCAGCGUAUGCAGAUGUACAAUUCCCCGUACCACGGCGUGUCUGACUGCGUAGGCUCCAUCUGGAAGCGCGAGGGCCCUGGGGCCUUCUACCGUUCCUACACCACCCAGCUGACCAUGAACGUCCCCUUCCAGGCGCUCCACUUCAUGACCUAUGAGUACCUCCAGGAGCUGCUCAACCCCCACAGACAGUACAACCCCUCCUCGCACGUCAUCUCCGGGGCGCUUGCCGGGGCCAUCGCCGCCGCAGCCACCACCCCUCUGGACGUCUGUAAGACCCUCCUCAACACCCAGGAGGCUCUAGCGGUCCAUGCCGAGGUCCCAGGAGCGGUGGGGGUUGGAGCAGGUGUAGGGACGGCGUCGGCCACUGCGGGGCGCCACAUCUCGGGGUUAGGGGAGGCGUUCCGGACUGUGUACAGGAUGGGGGGCGGUGCGGCGUUCUUUAAGGGCGUCCAGGCCAGGAUCAUCUAUCAGAUGCCCUCCACCGCCAUCAGCUGGUCCGUCUACGAGUUCUUCAAAUACGUCAUCACCAAGCGCCAGUACGAGAGAAGGCUGCACCACCGAGACGGAGAGAAGUAG